GGCGGGUGGGGGGGAGAAGCGGCUAAGGUGCGCGCGCGCCGCCCGCCUUCGCGCUGAGGUAACGGGUAACGGCCUCCCGUAACGGCGGCGCGAGGAGCCAGACGGGCGGGAGCCGCCUCUGCCCCCCUCCCCUCAGCCCCUCAGGCGCUGCCCGCCGGGGGCCGGAGCUCCGCGCUGCCCCCCGCCCCGCCCCGGCCGGCCGCCCCCUGGGGCGCUAUGAGCCAUGAAGCCGCCCGGCAGCAUCGCCCCGCGGCAGCCCCGCUGCUGCGGCCGCCGCCUCCCCGCCGCCUGCCGCCCCGCGCUCCUGCCGCUCCUCGGCCGCCUCGUCUGGCUGCUGCUGCUCCUGCUGCUGCUCCGCGGCUCCUCGUGCCCCCCGGCCGCCGCCGACCUGCAUUGGAAUGAAACGGCAGGCAGUAUGGAGGGAGUCCUGGCACAUGAAGAGAGUACAUUUCAACAGAAUAAAAGCAGCAGCAGUAAAAAUAACAGCUACAGCAGUGCAAUCCAGAAAGAAAUCACGCUGCCUUCAAGACUAAUCUAUUACAUCAACAAGGACUCUGAAACCCCUUACCACAUCCUGGAUACUAGGGCAAGGCACCAGCAGAAACACAAUAAGGCUGUACAUCUGUCCCAGGCAAGUUUUCAGAUUGAGGCCUUUGACUCCAAAUUCAUCCUUGACCUCACUUUGAAUAAUGAUUUGUUAUCUUCCAAUUAUGUGGAGAUUCACUAUGAAGAUGGAAAACCAAAGUUUUCUAAGGGUGGAGAACAUUGUUACUACCAUGGAAAUAUCAGAGGUGUCAAGGAUUCCAAAGUUGCUCUUUCAACUUGUAAUGGUCUUCAUGGCAUGUUUGAAGAUAGAAAUUACCUGUACAUGAUAGAACCAAUGGAUUUAACCCACAGUACAGAAAGUAAAAGUAGGCCACAUAUCAUCCAGAGAACUUACGGAACACAAGCUUCCAAGCAGUUGCUGGACCUUGAGACUGAUUCUAGUUCUGAAUGGCCCUUUCUCUCUGAACUACAGUGGCUGAGGAGAAAGAGAAGAAAGAGAGCAGCAUCUCGUGGUAUCUUUGAAGAAAUGAAAUAUUUGGAGCUCAUGAUAGUCAAUGACCAUAAAAUGUUCAAAAAGCAUCGCUCUUCAAAUGCAUAUACAAACAACUUUGCAAAAUCUGUGGUAAACCUUGUAGAUGCUAUAUACAAGGAACAGCUGAACACCAGGGUGGUUCUUGUUGCUGUGGAAACUUGGACAGACAGAGAUCGUAUUAAUAUUCACCCUGACCCACUGCAGAUGCUUCACGAUUUCUCCAAAUAUCGACAAUACUACAUCAAACAGCAUGCUGAUGCUGUGCACCUCCUCUCGAAUGUGACAUUUCAUUACAAAAGGAGCAGCUUAAGUUACUUUGGAGGGGUUUGCUCUGUCACCAGAGGAGUAGGAGUGAAUGAGUAUGGCCUCCCAUUGGCCAUGGCACAGGAAUUAGCACAAAGUCUUGCUCAGAACCUUGGAAUACAGUGGGAGCCAGCUGCAAGGAAACCGAAGUGUGACUGCACUGAAUCCUGGGGUGGUUGCAUCAUGGAGGAAACAGGGGUUUAUCAUUCCAGGAAGUUCUCUAAGUGCAGUAUUGCAGAAUACAAAGAAUUUUUACUUCGUGGGGGAGGUGCUUGUCUUUUCAACAGGCCAACAAAGCUCUUUGAAACUACUGAGUGUGGAAAUGGAUACGUAGAAGCAGGAGAAGAAUGUGACUGUGGUUUCCGAAUGGAAUGCUAUGCAGACUGUUGUAAGAAGUGCUCUCUUUCUAAUGGAGCUCAUUGUAGUGAUGGACCCUGCUGUAAUACAUCAUGUCUUGUGAGUUUUUUUCCACGAGGCUAUGACUGUAGAUAUGCAGUGAAUGAAUGUGAUAUUGCAGAAUUCUGCACUGGAGAUUCUGGCCAGUGUCCACCAAAUCUUCAUAAACAGGAUGGAUAUGCCUGUGAUUCUAAUCAGGGCCGUUGCUACAAUGGUGAAUGCAAGACAAGAGAUAAUCAGUGCAAAUAUAUCUGGGGAUCUAAGUCCUCAGGAUCUGACAAAUUUUGUUAUGAGAAGCUUAAUACAGAAGGCACAAAAAAAGGAAACUGUGGAAAGGAUGGAGACCGAUGGAUUCAGUGUAGCAAACAUGAUGUUUUCUGUGGCUUUUUGCUCUGCACUAAUCUUACUAAAGUUCCACGAGUUGGUCAGGUUCAAGGAGAAAUUAUCCCAAAUUCAUUUUAUCAUCAAGGACGAAUAGUGGACUGCAGUGGUGCUCAUGUUCUUUUAGAUGAUGAUACAGAUUUAGGUUACGUGGAGGAUGGAGCUCCAUGUGGUCCUCACAUGAUGUGUCUGGACAAGAAGUGCCUGCCAAUUCAGUCCUUGAACAUAAGCAGCUGUCCCAUUGGUUCUAAUGGAAAAGUCUGUUCCGGUCAUGGGGUAUGUAGUAAUGAAGCCACUUGCAUCUGUAAUUUCUCUUGGGCUGGGACAGACUGCAGUAUUGAUGAUCCUGUCAGGGAUACUGGUAACAAGAAGGAUGAAGGACCCAAGGGUCCUAGUGCCACCAAUCUUAUAAUAGGCUCCAUCGCUGGUGCCAUCCUGGUAGCAGCUAUUGUCCUUGGGGGGACAGGAUGGGGCUUUAAGUUAUCAGAUUUUCAUAUGAACAUACGGUACUGUGGUGUCAAGUCCAAAUCAAACAAAUGUCAAAAAACGAAGGUUCGAUCCAAGUCAACAAGGCCCUAUCUGAAAAAAUGUAAUUCAAAAAGCUGCUUCUUGCACUACCGGAUUUUGGGUAUGGUAUCUUUCUUGUGGCUGUGCAGGAACUAAAUAAGGAAGAACAUAAGAAACAACAGCUACAACCACAAUGUUGGGAUGUUAGGAAAUGAGAAGAUAAAAAAAAACUGUCCUUUUUGGAGAUAAGUUCAAAAUACUUCCUCCAUUCACCUUUCUCUUGUUAACAUUAACUGAUAAGCACUACAAGCAAACAGUUUCAAAAUCAUUUUUUUUCCCCCCUUUUCCUCAAACAAAGGAGAAGACACAGACCAAGUACAAUAAGAGAACUAUUCCGAAGUAAUGAAAUAGCAAAAGAUUUUUUCCCAGCCUGCUGGCACUCUAACUUCACCUGGGUUCGCAUGACUUCCUUUUUCUUAAAAAACUCCAGUGGCAUGAGGAGCUAAUUACAAAAGGGUAACCUGCAUGGCUCACAUCACAAACAACUGACAUAGCAAGCUGACCCCAAGCAGAAUCUGCAGCCCGAUAAAUACAAACCACUGGAAAGCUGGUACCAGGCUCUGGCAAACCUCCCAGCCAUACAGCAUGCUGUCACUGGACUUCAGAGCUCCCUGCUCUAUGAGCUUGCUGUCCGCUUUGUUUGAUCUCCUGGGCCAGAAGUCUGUUGCGUAUGGAAGCUAUUGAGUGAUGGAUGUAGUUCUUCCAAGAAGGAAAAAGUGUAAAUAUGGAAAUAAGAUUUUGAUGUAUCAUUUUCACAGAUUAUAUAUAUAUACACAGAGAGAAAAAGGAUUUCCAUAUAAAAAGGUUCUAUUCUUUACGUAAAUCUAUUUUUGAUGUUGGGUUUGUUUUUGUUUUCUUUGCUCCCCCUUUUUUCUGUAGCAUGUUGUACAGCCAGUGUUCUGGGCUUGCUCAAAAAAGAGAAUGGCAUGCAGAUGCAGGGAGUUCUGACACCAAGCAUACAUGGUCUAAAAUUUGAAUGCUUGAAAACAAAAACAAUAAAUAAGUGUAUAUCUAUGUAUUGACUUUAAGUCUGGAUUACUUCUUAUUUUGGCUGUUUUUGGCAGAUUUUCUGUAAUACCAUGUCAGAAAGUGACACCCUCAAAUUAAUCACAAAAGUGCCAAGCUUUUUUUUUUUAAAAAAAAAAAACAAACAACACUAGCUUUGUGUGUGUUUGUCUAGAUUCUGUGAAGUAAAAACUUAAAUAAGCCUUAAAAUACUCACAAUAUUAAAAACUUGGAUCAAGUUCUUCUCUUCCCUUCUGCCCACCAAAGCCAACUUGCAAAGAUGACUGACACUUCUGACUCACUCCCUGUAUCUCCUUGAUGCAUUCCACUUUUCCAGGUAUAACACAAAAUUAGUAUUUUGACACUUGGCUACUGAUACCUAGUAACAAAAUGUGCAAAAACCCCAUAUAAUUUUAGGGGGAGGUUGUGUGUAAAAAACAAUUAUUAUUAUUUUUUGGUAUACCUUGUGUACAAUCAGAUUUUUGCCGAGCAGCAGUACUGCUCCUGUAGUAACCAGGCUACCCUGGGUAUAUCUGACAUGAGAAAGGUAUGAAGAGAGCUAGUUUAGGACUCCCUUAAAGUAUAGAUCUGUAAGGUCUGGCUCACCCUUUUUAUCUUGAUUUUAAACGUCCAUGAAAUAAAUUAUGUAAGUGAAGUGGCCUGAAAAUUUCAUUGCUAUAUAACACAUGAUCAAUUAAAGAUUCUUCUGUAAUUUUUUUAAAUUUAAAGGUUGGAUGUUAGUAACUAUGAAAGUCCACUUUUACAACAUAUUCCAUCUUAAUUCACUGAAAAUCUAUUUCUUGAUUUAGCUUUAAGAGUCAGAACAUAAGAAAAAAAUGCUGCAAAUUUCUCAUGACUUAAAAACAUCAAAGAAGAAAACCUUUCUCAUUUCAGUUAUAUUUCUUAUUAUGAUGUUGGAUCCACAGUCUCACAAGAGAACUACAAUGUAUUGCUUUGGUUGACAGUUAUUUAAUGUUUCUAAACAGCUUUAACAUAAUCACAUUAAACACUUACUACAUUAUGGAUUAAAGGUGCUGCACACAGGUAGUCAAUACUGACAUAUACUAUGUCAUUUUUUGGAAAAUUCCUGCCUGACUUCAAGCAGAAUUAAGUUGAUGACAAUAAUUCUAUGACAAACCAAAAUACUUGCAAGUAUAUCAACAUCCUCUAGACUUAGUUUUCUUAGGAACAUAAUUCCCAACUUUAAGAGUUCUGCUCCCAAAGUAGUUGUAACCCCAAUUGAAAUACCAGUGGUUACCAAAAAUUAAAUAAAAGCAAUUGAAUAUAUGUAAGCUACCUGUGUAAUAAACCUUUGAGGAGCAUUUCACAAACAACAUUGUAAAUGUGCGAUGUGAUGUUUUAAAUCAGACCACAGUGGUCCCCAAAUACUAUGUACAUAUAUUCAGUGCUGGAGUAACUUUUAAUUUACACCAGCAGUUUCAUAGGAAUUAUGAUUUCUUGACCUAGUUUAUGCUCCACUCACAAGCCGUUGCCUGUAUGUGGAAGAACACAUUCGCUUUCUGCCCCGUGUGUACAGAAUGUAAGUGAUAACACGGCACAGAGUGGGUCCAGGUUGAAGUGCUUUCUGUGGUAUUAGACAAUAAAAGUUGUUUUAGCUAGGUGUUGAUUUUCUACAUGUCUUUGCUGUGCUUUGGAAAGUACAUACGCAUUUAAUUUGUUCAUCACAUCAAAAGAAGAUAUGGUCAGCAAUGUCUGCAUCGUACCCACUGUACAUUUGCUCCAUUAUUUAUCUGUUCAUCUGGACAAGAAACUGGUAACUAUAGCUCAUUCCAGUUUGCUGCAUGAUGUCACUGAAUUGAUCUGAUCCUCCUAAAAGAGACGUCUGCUAGGCAAAUUAACAGACGUAUAGGUGCAUGUUAAAAGAAACUGAUUACUUAAGGCUGGAAUUUAACAAGUUUUUCUUUACUAUGCAAAGAUGGGUAUUGCACAAAGAAAUUUAAGACAAACAUCUGAGGAAAUGCCAUAGACUACUUGAAGUUCUGUUUUAAGUCUACUCAAUCAUGUUUUAUAUUAAUUAUUGCUUCCACUGUUAUUAUUUCUUUUAGAAGUGAUUUGUAAUUAUUUUUUUUAGUGCACAACUUGAUGUUAUAAAUCAUUUUUUGUUUGCGGUUAAUACUCAUUCAUAUCUUGUUGGCUGCUAAUGAAUGGAAAUUCAAUAGUCUUUGUUCUGCAUCUUAGCAAGAUGAGUAUUAAAAACAUCAUGAACAUGGAA